AUGACUGAAACCGAAUUACAUCUCGUAGAGACUCAGGUAAAAUAUGGAUUUGGUAAUAAACGUGGUUACAAGGCCCCUGCCAAUUCCAACUCAGAAACUGAGCCUGAUUCUGGAGCUGAGGAUUUGACUGCCAUUGUCAAACUGAUUAUGCCAGCCUCUGACUCUGCAAUGGAGCCAGAUUCUGGUGCUCAGGACCUUGUUCCAAAGCCUGAUUUCAACCCAAGCUCAUCAAAAGACCAGACCGGACCACAAAAAACUGCGGUCUGCGGUCUUUUUGCAGUCUAUAGACCGGUUUCGGUCUGCAUCGGUUUUAACCGGUUUAUGACCGCUUCAAAACGAGCUCAAGAACGUCAAAUUCCGUUAGGAAUUGGUACUUUUAUAAAAUAA